GUCCACUGUCAGGUCGUACUCACACAGGCUGAACAGACAGUCCAGGGGACCCCCGCAGGAUCCCUUAAACUCUCAUGUGUCUGCAGUGGAUUCACUCUGAAUGACUGUACUAUUGACAGUAGCAAGAGCAAUGCCCCGGGAGUACAGGGCUGAUUCACUGCAUCGAAGGACAGCAGUGUAUUACUGUGUUAGAGACUCACUAUGGUUAACUAAUGAGAAUAGCCAUAGUAAAACCAUCUGGUAGAGUAAUGAUGUACUCAGUCAAGCACAGGUACACACACACACACACACACACACACACACACACACACACACACACACACACACACACACACACACACACACGUACAUGUACACACGCACGCACACACACACAAACAUAUAUCAGUGGACCAUAAUAAGGACAUGAGACCCAAAUAAACUUGCGUAGAGCAAAGUGAUGAUGCUGUAUGUGGCUGCUAUGAAAGUGAACUGUGUGUGCGGGUGAUCAGGGGUGUAUUCAUUCUGCUGAUUUUUUUUGCAGAACGGUUUCUAAACGGAAGCAAAUGGAAUGAAACGGGGAGGGACCUAGAUGAAAUUGUCCAAUAGAAACUCUUGCUUUAGUUGCAAAAUGUUCCAUUGGGUCUAGUCAUUGCACCGCAGAUCAUCUAGAUGCAGGCAAGAGUGUGCAAGGCGGUAUUGAAUGCACCUUGAUUACUUAAAUUUGUCUCUAGAUCUGUGUACCUACAUUAUAGAUCCAGUACAACUAAUCCUGUGUUAUAAUGCAACAAUAUUGGCAAAUAUGUACUGUAUGGCUUAUUGUAACACAGUCUUGCAAAAUUAGUCACCGGUAUCAGUCCGGCUCUUUACAUUGACAAUACACUGGAGUAUUUCAAGCUUGCACAGUUAUUAAAUAAAACAUUUUCACACUGAUAUUCCCAUUCAUGUUAUAUAUCCGUCAAAUACCUAUGCAAAUUUCCCCUAUUCCCCCAUCUUCCUUUCUCUCCCUCUACCUCCUAUAUAAAACCUCUCUGUAUCUGAGAGUCCUAGCACAUCCCUCUGAGUCCUGGAGAGUAGAGAAGAGCAGCUCCCAUCAGUUCAGCUUCAACACAAACCAUGUUCCCUGCAUCUCUGCUGCUGCUGGCAGCUGUCUCCUGUGAGUCUGGGUUUGGGGGAAAACACAACAAACUUUUUUGUUAUUGUGAGAUGUUAUUAAUAUUGUUCAUUACUGUUUUUCACAGGUGUGAUCAGCCUUGAUCUCACUCAGCCAGCCUCUAUGACUGUCCAGCCAGCUCAACCAAUGACCAUCUCUUGUAAGCCAUCAUACUUAGUUACUGGCACUUGGACAGCUUGGAUUCAACAGUCUGCAGGGGAAACACUGGAGUGGAUUUGAAUGAAAUAUACUGGAGGCACACACCACAAAGUCUCCCUGAAGAACAAGUUCAUUAGAUAACAUAUGACAAGCAUGCAAUGUUUAAGCAAUAAAGCACGAGGGGGUGUGGUAUAUGGCCAAUAUACCAUGGCUAAGGGCUGUAUGCACGACGCAAUGCGGAGUACAAACUGGUUACCAACGUAAUUAGGACAGUAAAAAUGUAUGUUUUGUCAUAGCCGUGGUAUAAGGUCUCAUAUACCACGGCUUUCAGCCAAUCAGCAUUCAGGCAUCAAACCACCCAGUUUAUAAAAAACAAUAAAACAUGACACAAACCUCCACUUCAUUAUUUUAUAACCUCAGAAACUGUCACAGUGGAAAACAGUUUAAUAAAGGUGAUUGUCAACUUACACAUAACUCCUGUCAUCAAAGUUUACGAAAUACACUUAUCCACAAGAAAGGUAUAUAGUUAAUAAAUGAUUAUUUUCUGAAUACAUGUCUCAUACUGCUGUUUCAGUGCCUCCCUGUCAGGUCUCCCUAUAUACCCCUCUCUUCCUCCAUCUCUACGUCAACGCAAACCCACCCUCUGGUUCUUUCCCUUCUUAAACAGUGUCUGUCUAUCCUUAGAGGCCCUCAGAGUCCUAGAGAGUAGAGAAGACCAGUUCCCGCCAGUUCAGCUUCAACGUAAAACAUGUUCCCUGCAUCUCUGCUGCUGCUGGCAGCUGCCUCCAGUGAGUUUUUCGGGAUUUUUAAAAGUUUAUGGACUAUGAAUUUUUCUAAACGUUCUGGUGAAUAAAUUGACACAAUAGGUUUUAGAUUCUGUUUUGACAUAAUCUGUGAUUUCUUUCAACAGGUGUUCAUGGUCAGACACUGACUGAGUCUGGACUAGUGGUUAAAAAGCAUGGAGAAUCCCACAAACUGACCUGUACAGUCUCUGGGUUCACAUUCAGUAGCUAUGGAAUGAGCUGGAUCAGACAAACUAAAGGGAAAGGACUGGAGUGGAUUGCUUAUAGUUAUAGUACUACUACAUACUACUCCGAGUCAGUCCAGGGUAGAUUCACCAUCUCCAGAGAUGACUCCAGCAGUAAGCUGUACCUACAGAUGAACAGCCUGGACAAAAAUUCACUGAAAAACAAGUUCAGCAUCACCAGAUACACUUCCAGCAACACGUUGUUUUUAACUGUUCACAAGCAGGCACUGUAAGGAACCCAUACUUAUCACUGGUGACAUACAGCAUCAUCUAUUAUUAUCAUCUAUUUCCAUGUUGGGGAAGCAAUGGAGACUAGCCUGCUAGUACUUACACUCAUGUGUUGUGAUGAAAACAUAUUGGCAAAAGGUUUUUCUGUAUAAUGGAGUAUUACAAUCUGGGAUUCCCUUCCAUACCUUCCUCAUUUCCUGAUGCAAAUUGCACUAUGCUCAGCUCCUCCCCUCUCUAGCUCUCCAUUAUAUAAAUAGUCUCUCUAUGUACUAUAUGUUAGACCAAAUACGCCCUAAUUCUACAAGGGAAGAACUUCCAGACUGAAGACAUAGCUGUGUAUUAUUGUGCUCGUCUCCCACAGUGACACAAACCAGCAGCGGACCUGUACUAAAACCAAUUCUCUGGGGACACACUGUAUGGAACAUGGAAGCUCAAGACCGGAGAUGUGACCUGCAGUUUCAAUUUCACGCUCUAGAGGGCAGGCUAAAUGAAGGAUUUGCCCUGUAUUGAAAAGCAUCCCACACAUUUUUCAAGGGUUGAUUCAGAGGACAUGGUUUCCCUCUGGUACACUUCAGUAACAGAUGGUACUGAAAAUGUAUCUACUCCAAUAACUAACUAAUCAAUAGUUUUUCAUUGCAUAUCUUCCACAUGUCUGUGUUGUAAAUGAGAGCGUGUCCCAGUAAAAUAAAGAUUAAGACAUACAAACUAAAUAUUUUUCAUAACAGAGCAUCUCAAUAUUUUCCUGGCUACCUAUCCACAUCGCUCUGGCCAAACACCACACCUACUAAUGUUUAUUCUCCAAGAAGAAUCUGGAUUUGCUCUCCUCCCCGAUGCCUUCUCGAAUGUAAACACGUUCAAACCGUUCUGAUUGGUUCCAGAAACUGAUGGGUUGGGCCAGAGCCGGCCUACAUGAUGACGUUAUCAACUUUGAUACUCUGAUUGGUUCGAUUUGUUUGAAAUGAUCCAAUAGCUGAUCAAUUAGUUUUGUACAACACCCCUCAUUUUGACGUCACACAAACAACUUUUAGGAUGGCAUAUUCCAACGGAACUAAUGUAGUGAUCCAUAGAGCAGCGUAAUUAAAUUCAGUCUGAGUCAUCAGGCAAUCAAAAUAUGGCCUAGCAGGUGAACUGUGAGCAUUGAUCAAAGCCUCUUGUGAUUGGUCCUCCCAGUGAGGAGGAGCUCAUGCAAAACUCUCCAGUCCUCCAUCUUUAUUAAUGUCUCUGUUGAAGGCUGUUUCUGCUGAGGACUGUUUCAACUACCUUUAGAGAACUACACAGAUCACCAUGUUUCCUACCACAGGAAUACUCUUACUGACAGUCUAUCUAACAGGUGAUGAUUUGCAGCCUAAUUAUAAGCUUAUCAAGGAAAUAAAUGGACACAUUAGCUUUUAGCUUCAGCUUCAACACCCUCUUCAACAUUCUUUGUAUUUCAGCAUGAGCUCAGGGUCAGACACUGACUGAGUCUGGAUCAGUGGUUCAAAAACCUGGAGAAUCUCACAAACUGACAUCUUCUGGCUACACAUUCAGUAGCAAUGGAAUCAGACAGGCUCCUGGGAAAGGACUGGAGUGGAUUGCUUAUAGUCAUAGUACUACUGCUUACGACUCCGAGUCAGUCCAGGGUAGAUUCACCAUCUCCAGAAACGACUCCAGCAGUAAGCUGUACCUACAGAUGAACAGUCUGAAGAGUGAUAACACAGCAGUGUAUUACUGUGCCCGGUACACACAGUGAGAGAGAGUGGUGGGAGAGCUGCACAAAAACCACUACCCCAUUCAGCACAGACAACCUAUUUUUUUAUUUCCGAUGAAUGGUUUAACAGCACAAGCUCAGCCAUACUUAAAACGCAUACAUACAUACAUACAUACAGUAUAUGAUUUAUAAUAGUAAUGAUUAGGUGGUGCUUAUAUUUGUCCUACUGUAUUGGAAAUGUGUUUUUGUCAUAUCCCACUCCCCUUGAAACACCCUCAGAGAGUGGGGACACGGCCAGGAUUCCCAAUAAUAAUCACCCAUGUCCUUUGAGUCCCACAAAGAAUGUUUAACCAUUCUAAGGAGUUGCUACAUAUCUCCCAUAUCUCCUAUAAGUGUAGUGUCAAAAACUGACACAUUAUCACAUAAUUUCCCCCCAUUUUGCACUGAUAUUCUCAGUCCUUUUACACCUGACUGUCUUCAUGUCACACCCUGGCUCUGGGGACUCUAUAUGUUGAGCCAGGGUGUGUAUAUUCUAUGUGUUUGUGUUCUAUGUUAAUAUUCUAGUUGUUCUGUUUCUAUGUUGCCCAGAGUGGUUCCCAAUCAGAGGCAACGAGUGUCAGCUGUUGCUGGUUGUCUCUGAUUGGGAACCAUAUUUAAACAGUCUGUUUUCCCUCAGUGUUUGUGGGAUCUUGUUCCAGUUGGUUUUGUGUUUGUACCGUGGACUUCACGUAUCGUUUGUUGUUUUGUUUAUUGUGUGUGCACUUAAUUAAAUAAGAUGUACAAAUCUCACGCUGCGCCUUGGUCUACUCACUCUAACGAUAGUGGCAGAAGAUCCCACCAUACCAGGACCAAGCAGCGUGUCCAGGAGCAGGCAGCCUGGACAUGGGAGGAGAUAUUGGACGGGAAAGGGUCCUGGACUUGGAAGGAGAUACAGGCCGGGAUGGAUCGGCGUCCGUGGGAAGAGACGGUGGAGGCGCGCCGUAGAGAGGAGCAGCGGCGCCAAACGGGUCUACGUCGGACAGGCGAGAGGCAACCCCACUUCAUUACGCAAAUGUAAUCUUACCUCUCUCUCUCUCUCUCACUGUCCCUCUCCCUUAUGUAAACAAGCUCUAUAUGUCUGUCCUAGUACGUCCCUCUGAGUCCUGGAGAGUAGAGAAGAGCAGCUCCCACCAGUACAGCUUCAACACAAACCAUGUUCACUGCAUUGUUGCUGCAGCUCCCUCCUGUGAGUCUCUCUGGAUUUGGGGGAAAGAUAGCACAAUAAGCGAUGGCUUUGGUUUUGUUAAAACUUUAAUAUGAUUUUAUUUGUAGUGAGUUAUAUUUUAAAUGCUUUGUCCACAGGUGUUUACUGUGAAGAACUCACUCAGCAAGCCUCUAUGACUGUCCAGCCAGGUCACCCACUGAUCAUCUCCUGUAAGGUCUCAUAAUUUGUAGGACUCUAUUACACAUCUUGGAUUCGACAGCCUGCAGGGAAAGCACUGGAGCGGAUUGGAAGCAUAUAUACUAGAGUCACAUCCUACAAGAAUUUGCUGAAAAACAAUUUCAGCCUCACUUUAGACUCCUCUAACAACAUAGUGACUUUAAUGUCAUUUUUAAGGGGUAAAAUGUACAAGCAGCCAAAUGGGAUAGUCACAGAUUCUCACCAAAUUGACAGAAUAUAUCAAUAUAAACUGACUAUUUAAUCAUACAUACUUAGAGUAUGGAAUUAACAUAUUUAUAGUUACUUUUGUCAUAAUUAUUAUGCUUUCAAUCACAGAAACACCAUAUGUUCCAUCAUUUUGGUCAAACUGUAUGAGAAGUAACUAUUAAUGCAUCCAUUCCAUAGCUAAGGGUUUAUGUUUGAUAAUCCAUUCCUUUCCACACAGGCCCUGCUCUCCUUUUAUCAGUUGUGUCUGUUUCUCUCACACACCCCACCUCUCUCUCGUCCUCUCUGUGCCCCUCACAGCUGUGUGGCACCACGCUUGGUGAACUCCAAUCUGUCACCUGGGUGUUUCAGGGUCCCAGUUUAGCCUCUGUGAUGAUUCAGAUAGAUAGUUAAAGCAGAUAAGUAACCCAGGGACUGCAGGGAUGGUCCCUACACACUUUCAUGAUCUAAUUCUCACUACCCUGUUUCAGCUGAGGAGAAACUGCCUAAAAAGCUUUUUUGCAUAAGCCAGCUGGUGGCUGGUAACCAUGCAAUGUUUCAACCACAUGAACACGAUUAGCAUUUGGUUUGAUUAAAUGGUGAGGUUGAUCAAAAUAAUCAGACAAUUUAAUCACGGUUUCAUUUAUUUGAUAGACCAUGUUAACAGUUGUAUUAAUUAUAUUAUUACAUAUUUUCAGCCAUUCACUGCUACUCAUCACACACAAUUUUAUUGACACACCAUAUUCAUGGUUUGUGUUUGUAAUAAAUAUAACACACUUUUCAAGAUUUGCAUUAAACAAUGAGUCCUUAACUAAAAUAACAAAUUGCUCUGUGGUUUCUCAUAGCUGUCCAGGGCACCUCCCCCUAAAUACUUUAGUAUGUAUUGAUUAUAAUUAUAUAUAGGGAAUAUAGUUUAAGAAUGGUUUUCAUGAGGCGUGUCUAUCAAAAUGAGUGUUGGGCGCAGUAGUUCAAAGCUACCCAAGCAUGACUUCUACCCCAGGAUGCACCUGUACUCUGAUAAAUCAAUUUCCCUGAUACAGUAUCUUGAUUAACCCCAAAACAUAACCAAUAUGUCAUUGUAAAAAUGCAGUAACACAUUUAAAAACUAAAUAGAUGCACUAUUGCUAUCAGUCAUUCCAUAGGUUAGGUUUAACAGAGCAAAUGAAAUGUGAACAUACUUUCAUAUGAUUGGUAAGCUAUACAAAACUUUGCAGAGAGCCUAUCCAAUUGACAAUCUCUUACAAAGAAAUAUAAAUGAUUGGAACCAAGAUUUUAAAAUAACUGAUAUUGGCACAAGAUGGAGGGUAUGUUGAAAUAUAACUAACAAGAUUACAGUUAUCGCAAAUGUAUGCUUAAUCCAAUAUAAACUAAUGUAUAUAAUUUAAUAUACAAGAGACAACAUUCACAAAUUCUACAGCACAAAGGCAGAGUCAUAUAUGAAGUGUAAAACUAACAAUUACUCAAUAAUUCAUGACUUCUGGGAAUUUUAUAAAGUCCAAAAGUUAUGGUCAGAGUUGGAAAGAUGGCUGUCAGAAGUAUUACACUGUAAAUGUACUUUUAAUGAGUCUGUCUGGUGGGUUGAAAAAAAAUAAUACUUAUACUUAAAAACUGGAAAUCAACCAAUCGUCCGUCGUUCACGCAAUGGAAAGGUCAAAUGUAUUACUAUCUAAAAAUGGAAGGUGCCUGGGCAACGGAGAGAUACAGAGUCGUGAAGUUGGAGGCCCUGUGGCAGAAAGUGAUCCGGGAGCUGGAGAUAGGGGUGAGGGCUAGUGGGUCUGGGCAGGUGUGAUGUAGUUGAUGUUUGUAUGAUGUCGUUGUUUGUAUGUGUAUGUUUUCUAUUGUUGAUAAAAUACAUAAUUAAAUCUGGCCACAUUUUGAGGUUACUGUAACUAUACAUUUCUUCUUAUGUAAUCAUAUAAAGCAUGCAUGUUCAAGAUAGCAUGCAUAGGUCAUCGCAGGUCUGUGGAGAUCUUAACAAUUGCUGUAAUAACAUUUUUACAUUACAUUUUAGUCAUUUAGCAGACGCUCUUAUCCAGAGCGACUUACAGGAGCAAUUAGGGUUAAGUGCCUUGCUCAAGGGCACAUUUACGUCAUUUAGCAGACGCUCUUAUCCAGAGCGACUACAAAUUGGUGCAUUCACCCUAUAGCCAGUGGGAUAACCACUUUACAAUUAUACUUUUUUUUUUUUUUUUGGGGGGGGGGGGGGGGGGGGUAGAAGGAUUACUUUAUCCUAUCCCAGGUGUUCCUUAAAGAGGUGGGGUUUCAAAUGUCUCCGGAAGGUGGUGAGUGACUCCGCUGUCCUGGCGUCGUGAGGGAGCUUGUUCCACCAUUGGGGUGCCAGAGCAGCGAACAGCUUUGACUGGGCUGAGCGGGAACUAUGCUUCCGCAGAGGAAAAGGGAGCCAGCAGGCCAGAGGUGGAUGAACGCAAUGCCCUCGCCUGGGUGUAGGGACUGAUCAGAGCCUGAAGGUACGGAGGUGCCGUUCCCCUCACUGCUCCAUAGGCAAGCACCAUGGUCUUGUAACGGAUGCGAGCUUCAACUGGAAGCCAGUGGAGUGUGCGGAGGAGGGGGUGAUGUGAGAGAACUUGGGAAGGUUGAACACCAGACGGGCUGCGGCAUUCUGGAUGAGUUGUAGGGGUUUAAUGGCACAGGCAGGGAGCCCAGCCAACAGCGAGUUGCAGUAAUCCAGACGGGAGAUGACAAGUGCCUGGAUUAGGACCUGUGCCGCUUCCUGUGUAAGGCAGGGUCGUACUCUCCGAAUGUUGUAGAGCAUGAACCUGCAGGAUCGGGUCACCGCCUUGAUGUUGGCGGAGAACGACAAGGUGUUGUCCAGGGUCACGCCAAGGCUCUUCGCACUCUGGGAGGAGGACACAACGGAGUUGUCAACCGUGAUGGCAAGAUCAUGGAACGGGCAGUCCUUCCCCGGGAGGAAGAGCAGCUCCGUCUUGCCAGGGUUCAGCUUGAGGUGGUGAUCCGUCAUCCAUACUGAUAUGUCGGCCAGACAUGCAGAGAUGCGAUUCGCCACCUGGUUAUCAGAAGGGGGAAAGGAGAAGAUUAGUUGUGUAUCGUCAGCGUAGCAAUGAUAGGAGAGGCCAUGUGAGGAUAUGACAGAGCCAAGUGACUUGGUGUAUAGGGAGAAAAGGAGAGGGCCUAGAACUGAGCCCUGGGGGACACCAGUGGUGAGAGCACGUGGUGCGGAGACAGCUUCUCGCCACGCCACUUGGUAGGAGCGACCGGUCAGGUAGGACGCAAUCCAGGAGUGAGCCGCGCCGGAGAUGCCCAGCUCGGAGAGGGUGGAGAGGAGGAUCUGAUGGUUCACUGUAUCAAAGGCAGCAGACAGGUCUAGAAGGACAAGAGCAGAGGAGAGAGAGUUAGCUUUAGCAGUGCGGAGAGCCUCCGUGACACAGAGAAGAGCAGUCUCAGUUGAAUGACCAGUCCUGAAACCUGACUGGUUUGGAUCAAGAAGGUCAUUCUGAGAGAGAUAGCAAGAGAGUUGGCUAAAGACGGCACGCUCAAUAGUUUUGGAAAGAAAAGAAAGAAGGGAUACUGGUCUGUAGUUGUUGACAUCAGUGGGAUCGAGUGUUGGUUUUUUGAGAAGGGGUGCAACUCUCGCUCUCUUGAAGACGGAAGGGACAUGGCCAGCGGUCAAGGAUGAGUUGAUCAGCGAGGUGAGGUAGGGGAGAAGGUCACCGGAGAUGGUCUGGAGAAGAGAGGAGGGGAUGGGGUCAAGCGGGCAGGUUGUUGGGCGGCCUGCAGUCACUAGUCGCAAGAUUCUAUCUGGAGAGAGAGGGGAGAAAGAAGUCAAAGCAUAGGGUAGGGCAGUGUGUGCAAAAUCUUCAACAGCAUUGUUCACUUGCACCAUGCACUUUUAAUGUAAUCUCAACUGCCAUCCAGGACAUUUGAUUCUGCUAUUAGAUGAAGCACAGAGAUAUCAUAUUCAUCUGUUGUAUAAAUAAACAUAAUGUCUGACAUUGUAUUCCCAUUUGAACUUUGCUGUGAUUUUGAAUGGUUGAAAGAGCAGUGAUACUCAUUUGGGUGACAACCAAACCAAAAAUAUGACAUUGCUUUUCCAUUGAAAUUCGGUUGUGCUUUUAGAUGGUUGAAAGAAUAGUGAUUACACAUUGGAAAUCCAACUAACUUUUGGCUGUCUUUUUGAGGAGGUCCAUAUAGGUUGUAAUCUCAUUGAUCAACGUCUCAACCAAAUAUUACCCAAUUAUCCACGUUGAAACGACGUAGUGUGCCCAGUCGGUAGCCAUCUAAGGCAAGUAGUUUGGUGACAGUUGCUGACCAUGUGACGUUGAAACAAUGGAAACACAUUUUGUGAAUAGUAUAUAUUUUUUUGGUAUCUUGUUUUAUGUCUUUAAUAAAAAAUAUAAACCUUUAAAAGGUAUUUUCUGACUAUUGAACAGAUAGAGAGAGAGAGGAUGACAGUGAUAAAAUAUAGAGGUUAUGUCAAAGGGCAGUAGGCCGGAUUCGAGCCUAUGCUGACAACAUGUGACAAGAUAUCGCAAUUUCUUUCAGACGCCACUUGUUUGAAUGUUUGUGAUAUUGUUGUGAUAAGUAUCAAAAUGCAAUAUGAUUUAAUAUAAAUUAUUGAAUGACUGUUCUUUAUGUUCCUUGUUGUAAAAUACACAACAAAACAAUGACUUUACUGUUUAAACAAUACAGAAAAUGUUUUCUGAUUAACAGUGAUCACUGAUGUCUGGCUUUGUCUUUAAUUUAAUGAUUGGCUUGAAACCUCUUUUAUAUGCAUGGGACAUGCUACCACCCAACCAUGGUUGUCAUGCAAAUUCAGUCUCCCAAGUCUGUGUAAUCACAGUGCAUUCGGAAAUUAUUCAGACCCAUUGACUUUUUCCACAUUUUUUUACGUUACAGCCUUAUUGUAAAAUUGAUUAAAUACAUACAAUUUCUCAUCAAUCUACACACAAUAUCCCAUAAUGACAAAGCAAAAAUAGGUUUUUAGAAUUGUUAGCAGAUUUAUCAAAAACAGAAAUGCCAUUUACGUAAGUAUUCAGACCCUUUGCUAUGAGACUCGAAAUUAAGCUCAGGUGCAUCCUCUUCCAUUGAUCAUCCUUGAGAUGUUUCUACAACUUGAUUGGAGUCCACCUGUGGUAAAUUCAAUUGAUUGGACAUGUUUUGGAAAGGCACAUACCUGUCUAUAUACGGUCCCACAGUUGACAGUGCAUGUCAGAGCAAAAACCAAGCCAUGAGGUCGAAGGAAUUGUCUGUAGAGCUCCGAGACCUAUCCAGGCGUAAGAUUUGACAGGCGUUACCAACGCAUGGGCUAUUGCGUCGGACUGAACAAUGGCAUUUACCUUUGACAGUAUUCAGCACAUAGCACGGCCUCUUGUGCCUUAUUGCUUGAUUACAUAAUCUACACUGAGUGUACAAAACAUUAAGAACACCUUCCUAAUAUUGAGUUGCACCCCUCCUUUUGCCCUUAGAACAGCCUCAAUUCAUUGGGGCAUGGACUCUACAAGGUGGCUACAACAUGGGAAACUGUUGUGUGUGAAAAACUCUGCAGCGUUUCCGUUUUUGACACAAACUGGUGCUCCGAGUACCUACUACCGUACCCCGUUCAAAGGCACAAAUCUUUUGUCUUGCCCAUUCACCCUCUGAAUGGCACACAUACACAACCCAUGGCUCAAGGCACAAAACUCCUUCGUUAACCUGUCUCCUCCCCUUCAUCUACACUGAUUGAAGUGGAUUUAACAGGUGACAUCAAUAAGUGAUCAUAGCGUUCAACUGGAUUCACCUGGUCAGUCUUAUGUCAUGGAAAGAACAGGUGUACAUAAUAUGUUGUACACUCAAUGUAUAUACACGUAUGCAGAAACAAUAAAAAAGAACAGGCUAUGUGAGGUGUAGAAUUGAGAUGUGUUGGUUCAUGAUGAACAAGGAGUCUUUCCUUGACAAAUGGAUGUCUAUAUCUGCCAUCUAAAAUAACUCACAAUUUAAUUAAAUCAUGAAGGUUAUCAAUAUUAAGAAAAUCCUCAUGUUCCCCACAGUUCCUCCAGUCCUUGAGUCAGUUAUGUGUGUGGUGAGUAGGCCUGGAGGUUCUUCUGACUAAGUGAACUGACCAGGAAAAACUCUCUUCCUGGUCAGGUCAUGUGAUCAAGGACAACACCUGACCUUAAUGAUGAGUUAUAGAUUGACCCCUGACCUUAAAGUCAUCAGCUCCUCCCCCAUAACAUAAUGAUGUAAAUCCAGAUCCCUCAGAGUUCAUAUAUACUUAUGUUCUGCUGCUGACUUGUUGUCUUGUUGUCUUGUGUGGAGCAGCUAAGUUCAUAUCUCCACCCUCAGUAUGACGGGAAAACUUUACCUUCUGCUGCUCUCCCUCUGUCUGCCCUGUGAGUUCUGCUUGCUUUAACUUCUCAUCAACUGUUCCUAUGCUGAGCAAAGAGGAUUUACAAUUCCUUCAUGCCUUUCCUCCAUAUUCCACCCUCUCUCCUUUCUCCUCUCCCACUGUUUCCUCUCUCUCUUUCUCUCCAUCAGGUCUACAUGGUCAGAGUAUGGAGUCCAUUCCCUCCAGGCCACUCCAGAACAAGCCUGGAGAAACUCUAAACCUCUCCUGUAGAGGAACUGGGUAUACAUUUACAAGCUAUGGUAUGAACUGGAUUUGCUAACCUACAGGGAAACAACUAGAAUGGAUGGACUGGAUCAACACCAAUACUGGAUCAGUGGGCUAUGCCAAAACCCUGGAGGGACAGAUUGAACUGACCAAAGACAGCUCAGUGAGCAUGGCACAUCCGAAACUGUCUGGUCUGAAGACAGAAGACUCUGCUGUGUAUUACUGGGCAUGCUGGUACAGUGAUGUGAGUGGUGGAGAUGUACAAAAACCCCUCAGACAUAUACUGAACAAAAAUAUAAACACAACAUGCGACAAUUUCAAAGAUUUUACUGAGCCACAGUUCAUAUAAAGAAAUUAGUCAAUUGAAAUAAAUUAAUUAGGCCCUAUGGAUUUCACAUGACUGGGCAGGGAUGCAGCCAUGGGUGGGCCUGGGAGGACAUAGGCCCAUCCACUGGGGAGCCAGGCCCAGCCAAACAGAAUGAGGCUUUUCCCACAAAAUAGCUUUAUUACAGACAGAAAUACUCCUCAGUUUCAUCAGCUGUCCAGGUGGCUGGUCUCAGAUGAUUCCAAAGGUGAAGAAGCCGGAUGUGGAGGUCCUGGGCUGGCGUGAUUACAUGUUGUCUGUGGUUGUGAGGCCGGUUGGACGUACUGCUGAAUUCUCUAAAACGACCUUGGAGGUGGCUUAUGGUAGAGAAAUUGACAUUACAUUUUCUGGCAACAGCUCUGGUGGACCUUCCUGCAGUCAGCAUGCCAAUUGCACACUCCCUCAAAACUUGAGACAUCUGUGGCAUUGUGUUGUUUGACAAAACUGCACAUUUUAGAGUGGCCUUUUAUUGUCCCCAGGACCUGUGUAAUGAUCAUGCUCUUUAAUUAGCUUCUUGAUAUUCCACAACUGUCAGGUGGAUGGAUUAUCUUGGAAAAUGAGAAAUGCUCACUAACAGGGAUGUAAACACAUUUCUGCACAACAUUUGAGAGAAAUAAGCUGUUUGUGUGAAUGGAACAUUUUUGGGAUCUUUUAUUUCAGCUCAUGAAGCAUGGGACCAACGCUUUACAUAUUUUAGUUCUGUACACAGAUAGAGACAACCGUAUACUUUAAUAUGAGAGCUCCCCACCUCAGAAACACUGUCUAUGCUUCAUGAAUAAGGCCUCUGAGUUGUUCCUUACGUUGUGACCUGUCUUCUUUUGGGAAAGAACAGAGAAGACAAUAAACAUGUAGAAGUAUUUGUGUGUAGGAAUCAUCUUUUAUAAUGACAAGGAUUUUGCUCUCGCCCUAAUCUAACUCAAUUAAUCAAAUCAGCUGCCCAUAAGGACCUUCACUGUCCAAAAGAAGAGGAUUGGCCAACUUUGACUUAACACUUAACAGUGACUUAACAGUAUGGAACAUUGAAUUGUGAAAAAGCAUUUUAUUUAAUAUCAAACUGACAUUUGACAACAUUUCAUAUAGUAAUACUAUGUGUAGCUAAUGUAAGAAUUUCAUUUUUUGUUGUGUUACUUGAAUUGAAAGAAUAGUGCUACGAUUCUGUAAAAUCAUACAGAAAUAUUUGCUGAGCAUGGAUUCUGCAGAAAGCUUUUUGACAGGGUCAAGAGUAAAAACUCUGUUGGGUGCCAAGCUCAGAGACCACCAAGCAGGGUUCCACCAAGACCUCUCUUAGAAAGAGGAGCGAUGGGUAUAAAGAAAGUAAACAAGUAUUAUUCUGCAGACUCUGUAUUGAUGUAUAGAAUGCAUGGUCUAUUGAUUGGCUAUAUGAUUAUACAUUCUUACGUUGAUGAGUCCCGUGUAGCUCAGUUGGUAGAGCAUGGCGCUUGCAACGCCAGGGUUGUGGGUUCGAUUCCCACGGGGGACCAGUAUGAAAAUAUAUGCACUCACUAACUGUAAGUCGCUCUGGAUAAGAGCAUCUGCUAAAUAACUAAAAUGUAAUGAGGCAAUCAGUAAAGCUUACUAAAUGGUUAUAAAUUAAUGUGAAUGUUCCAUGUGACACCAAGUUAACCAUGAAUAUACCCAUCCAGACAACAUCUGUGGUAAUGUUUUAAGGCACUGUGCAGAAGAACUGGCUGGUAUUUUAUCUUUUAUCUUUCACUCCUCUUUGGAUCAACAACAUGUACCUACUGUAUGCUAUGAAAAAACUCUACUAUAGUACCCAUCCCUAAAUCAACAAACCCAUCUGUGCUAAAUGAUUAUAGGCCUGUAGCAUUAACAUCCCUGGCUAUUAAGUCUAGUAUUAUUAAUGUGUACUGACUUUCUCUUUCUGACCCUAUCCUCUCCACCUGGGGCGUCUUCCUGAACUCGCUCAUUGAUUAAAAUAUAGACAGAGGAAGAAAAUGGCCAGGCCACAGACGGUCACCACCAUAGCAGCCGUGUUGGUCCUGUAAGCAUGACCACUGCACUGCCUCGCCCCCUUCAGGUCCCUCUUUGCCAUCCUCUUCAUCACCUGAGAGGUGAAAAACAAGGACAUAGACAUAAAGGGUAUUGUGCUUUUCUGAUUUCAAUGUCACUUAAAUGUCAGCUUAACUGGUCACAUUUUACUCAUGCUAGACCAACAAUAAUUGCAGAAAGCACAUUGUGUAACUCUCGAAUUACAAAAUGGCGGUUGGGUGCCUAAAAAGUAUCAUUCCUGAUCGGACUAAAACUCUUCAACAUAUAACAAAGUGCCUAGGUAGAUUGGAGCCAUCAUUGUACAUACACAGCUCACCAUGAAAACCUUCCUAUUUCUGAGUGUUUUGUCAUGUCACGAUCUAAUCAAUGUCAGUCAUCUUACCUGAUAAGAGAAGACCAGGGCCAGGAGCCCUAGGAAGAGGCAGUUGCAGAACAUGGUGUUGAACACAGAACAACAGAAGUAGUCUUUAAUCUGGACUCCCAUGUGAGCACGCUGCUGUUGUGGCUGUCGGGGUCGUCUGGGCCGACCCUUCUCUUCCUCUUCCUCCUCUUCUCCCUCCUCUUUAACAUCACCAUACUGAUCCAUCUCUAUGUCAGGUUCACCAAAAUCUAUCUGCACUUCAUGCAUAUCAAAAUCAAGUCCUUCCUCCAUGAUUGUCAAAAUGGCAUUAAAGGUUUCACCAUGUAUCUCUCCAAUUCCCUCUCCCUCUCAUACACUGUAUACAAUGUAUCUCAUACACUUGAUGCUUAACGUCUGUAACAUGCGGUGUGAACCAGUUACACUUUCCUAAGUAGAGACUGUUUAUCCGUCCUUCAACCAAAGCACCCUACUCUCAUUUAAGGUUUAAUGUUCCAAAUCUCUGUGGUGAAUGACACAUUGAGCUAACUAACUAUUUGACUUAGAACAUGACACCAUGAGUUCUAUGGUAGUGCUGCUGUGGGGUAGGUGGUGGUUUCGACCUUCGAUCUCCUGACGUAAUAGAUAGCUACUUUAUUAAUACUAAGGUCUAAAUCCUCCAUGAUCACUGUAGAAUAGCAUUGUAGAGUUAGUCAUGUAUGUAUGCAUGGAAAGCUGUGCAGCAUAUACAUAUUUUACGGAUCCUAGGUUGAUGUCUCAAUAUUGACUCCUGUUUACUCUGUCAAUAAAAGAUGGACAAUAUGCAAAUAAUCCCCUCUGCUUUAAACUGUAUUAAUCAAUGACCAGCUCUGAGGGGCAGCCACACACAGACACACACAGACACAACCUUCAUCACUGCAACCACCCUGUCUGUUAGUAACCAGACAGACACUGUCUGCCAUUCAACAGAGAAACAUGUUUCUUACAUCUCUCCUCCUCCUGGCCUUCCUGCCAUGUAAGUAGGGUCAUUUUCAUCUCUUCAAAUACAGUUUACAAAACAAGAUGGGAGAGUAAAUCUAGUAAAUAAGGUUGUUUUUGCCCAUGACUUUGUAGAGUUAAUUUUCAUAUAACGUAGAUAGCUGGAAAAAGUAAUUUAUUCUCCUUCGUCAGGUUAAGUUUCCUGUCUCUCUCUCCUCCCUGCUCUUAUUCAGAUAUACACAGCAUUAGUUUGACCUCCUUCCCUGCUCAACUCAAAGCUCCUGGAGAGUCAGUGAAACUAUCUUGCCAAGUAUCUGGCUAUGCCCUGACAGACUAUGGUACAGGUUGGAUACAACAGCAGCCAGGGAAAACACUGGAGUGGAUUGGGAUCAUCUGGGGUGGUGGAUCUAUUGACUGGAGCCUCUUUUAAGAGCAGAUUCACCAUCUCCAGAGACAGUAGUAAUGUACUGUACUUAGACAUCACCAGUCUGCAGGCUGAAGACACAGCUGUGUAUUAUUGUGCUCGGGGGUAACGGUGAUACAAACCAGCACCAGAGCUGUGCAGAAACUCACCCACCCCAUAAAUGGUUGGAGUUAUAUGUACCCACCAGGAGUGGGCAAUCUUAGCCUUUACAUGAAAUAAAUCCUAGUGUGAUCUGAUUACUAUAUGAACUAGAUAUAGUAUCAGUCACCAGUCAUAACAUCGGACUACUGUAGUAGAAGAACAGAUAUAGGUAUAAUGCAAUACACUCAAAAUUAAACAUGUAUUAAAUGUUAUUCAACAAAUAAAUGUUGUGUGAUUGAUUGAGGUUGUGAUUGGUCUUUGGUCUUACUUUGACAACAUGAUGACAAGCUUGUACCAAUAUUAUUCUACUGUCAUGAGUAAUAAUUAGUACAUUCAUUCUCAAACUGUCCUGACAACUCUUCCUCAGGGUUUUUGUUGUAAAUGGAAAAUGUAUUCUCCAUCAAUCUACCUGAUAAAAUUGAUAUACCAUAAAUAGGAACACAAACAGCUGUUUUUAUCAUAGCAGAACAUCUCAUUAUGUCCUACUAGGUGAAGAGUGGGUAGUUUUCAAAGCCUCUUGUGAUUGGUCCUCCCAGUGAGGAGGAGCUCAUGCAAAACUCUCCAGUCCUCCAUCUUUAUUAAUGUCUCUGUUGAAGGCUGUUUCUGCUGUGGACUGUCUCAACUACCUUUAGAGAACUACACAGAUCACCAUGUUUCCUACCACAGGAAUACUCUUACUGACAGUCUAUCUAACAGGUGAGGAUAUAAUAUGUUUAAUUAUGCUGUUUAUCAAAUAAACAAGUUGACAUCAGGUUUUAGUUCUCCCCCUCCUCCUAUAUAAAACCUCUCUGUAUCUGAGAGUCCUAGUACGUCCCUCUGAGUCCUGGAGAUUAGAGAAGAACAGCUCCUAUCAGUUCAGCUUCAACACAAAUCAUGUUCCCUGCUGCUGGCAGUUGCUUCCUGUGAGUCUCUCCAUCAAAAGUAUAAAUAUAAAGGAACAUUAACAGCUUCAACAUACACUCAGUCAUUUCCAUGUUCACAGUGAUACUAAUGAAUGGUUUUCAUGUUUUUUUCUCCAAACAGGUGUUCAUUCUGAUGUUC